AUGCCGCCUUCGCAGCUGAAGCAGUUGAAGGCCUCACUCCGCGAUAACGGAGUGCUUGGUCCCCAGAAAUCCAAGAAAGAAAAACGCCAGAAUGCGAAGACCGGCGUCGGUGCGAAGAAUCGCAAUCAGCGUGAGGUUGCCUUGCAAGCCAUUCGCGAUCGCUUCAAUCCUUUCGAGAUCAAAUCAACCAAUAAAUCGAGCAAGUUCGAUGUCACAACCAGAGAUGGAAACACAACCGCUGGAGGGGGCGCUCGUCCCGGUGUUACUAAAUCCCUGGGCGAAGAAAGACGUCGCGCCACUCUAUUGAAGGAGAUGAACAGCCGCAACAAAAUUGGUGGCCUUGUCGAUCGUCGAUUCGGUGAGAACGAUCCCACCAUGACCCCCGAGGAACGGGCCGCCGAGAGAUUCGCUCGCGAGAGUCAGCGCAAGAUGCGCAAGGAGUCUAUGUUCAACCUUGAGGAUGACGAGGAGGAGAUGCAGCUUACUCACAUGGGUCAGUCCUUGACAUUCGACGGGCCCAACCAAGAUGACUUUGAGGCGGGCGAUUUGGACGAAGCGGAAUCCGAUGACGAGAUCUCGCGCAAACGGAAGCGACUCGCCGAGGGAGAGGAAGGUCAAGAUCAGGACCAGGAAGACUUUAUCGACUACGAAGAUGGGGAAGAUCAACCUGGGCGGAAGAAGACCAAGGCCGAAGUCAUGAAGGAGGUCAUUGCCAAGUCCAAAUUCUACAAGGCGGAGCGACAACAGCUAAAGGAUGACGAUGAAGACCUCCGAGAGGCCCUUGAUAAGGAACUUCCGGAUCUCUUUGACGCUCUUCGUGGCCUCAAGGCCCCGGCUAAGCCAGAGCCACCCAAGCAAGACUUCUCGGAGAUGAACCCAGAGCGUGCCGCGCUUCUGGAGCAAUCGCAAAACAAAGAUCCCGAGAAGGAGUAUGACCAGCGUCUUAGACAAUUGACCUUCGAUCAGCGAUCAAAACCCACUGAUCGCACCAAGACCGAAGAGGAGAAGGUUGAAGAAGAGGCCGAGCGACUCAAGAAACUGGAGAGUGACCGACUUCGCAGAAUGCGUGGUGAGGAACUCAGUGAUGAAGAGGGUGAAAAUAUGGACAUGGACGAUCUCCCCGAGGAUGAUGACGAAUCGGAAAUUGACGAUGCUACGCAUUUCGGCCUUCCCGCCUACCCCAUGCCCACGGAUUCCCGCCCAGGAAUGGGUGUUGAGGACGAAGACGAUUUCGUUAUUGAUGACGAUCUGGUUGAAACAGACUCCAAUGCCAGUCUUGAGAUCGGCGAGAGUGACAUUGAAGAAGAUUCAUCUGACGAAUCCGAAGGACCAGAUGGAGAGGACGAGCUCAUCAACGGCAUGACCCUGCCAACGGACGAAGCCGCUACCGCUUCAACUGCUGUCGAGGUCAACCAGGGAUCGAACGGAAAGCUUGCUUUCACGUACCCUUGCCCUAAGGACCACGAAGGCUUCUUGGCCAUCGUAAAGAGCGUGCCUGUUGAGGAGGUCCCUACAGUCGUCCAGCGUAUUCGAGCAUUGCACCAUGCCCGUCUCAAGCCUGGCAACAAGGACAAGCUUGGUCGAUUCGCCGAGAUUCUAGUUGAGCACAUCUGCUAUAUGGCGAACCAGGAUGAACAACCUCCAUUCGCUGUCAUCGAGCUUAUCAUUCGUCACAUCCACUCUCUGGCAAAGACUCAUCCUUUGAACGUGACAAUCGCGUGUCGCGCUCGUCUUCGUGAGAUUGGCAAGGAACGUCCACUCAGCCUGCUCCCUGGCGACUUUGUCUUGCUUACCGCGGCCUCGACUAUUUUCCCCGCAUCCGAUCACUUCCACUCUACGGUCACCCCUGCUCAUCUCUGUCUGGCUCGUUACCUAGGCCAGUGCUCUACCACCUCCCUCGCAGAUCUCGCGCGUGGCGCAUAUGCUUCUAGUCUGUGUCUUCAAUACCAGACUGUGUCAAAGAGAUACAUGCCCGAAUUCAUCAACUAUACACUGAAUGCCCUUUGCAACCUGGCCCCUACAGAGCCGACUACCAACUUCGGCGCCUUCCCCUACCGCAAGUCCCAGGAGCCGGUUCAGCUCGCUUCCACCAAGAAGGUCACACCUCGCAAGCUGCAGUUCCGCGAUCUGACCGCCAGCCCCUCUGAUCCCCAGGCAGAGGAAGAACUCAAGAUCUCCCUCCUCACCACAUUCGUUUCUCUCAUUGGCUCCGCGUCUGACACCUGGGCCGAGAAGUCCGCCUUCACCGAGAUCUUCACGCCCGCCCGAGCGGUGUUGAAACACCUCCGCUCAUCCCUCAAGAGCAAGGUCUACGCUUCAGCCCGGGACAUCAUCCAAAGCACCACAGACAAGAUCGACGCCCAUCUCGCACAAGCCCGUCUUGUCCGCCGCCCACUCUUCCUCCACAACCACAAACCUCUUGCUAUCAAGUCUGCCAUCCCCAAGUUCGAGGAGAACUUCAACCCGGACAAGCACUACGACCCGGAUCGCGAGCGCGCCGAGUCAAACCGUCUCAAGAAGGAGUUCAAGCGCGAGAAGAAGGGUGCUAUGCGCGAGCUCCGCAAGGAUGCCAGCUUUAUUGCCCGCGAGAAGUUGCGCGAGAAGAAGGAGCGCGAUGCCGAGUACGAGUCCAAGUACCGUCGUCUUGUGGCCGAGAUUCAGAGCCAGGAAGGUCGGGCUGCCAACGAGUACGAGCGCGAGCGUGGCAGAAAAUAG